GCUGAAGGCGCAGCUGAAAGUCCCACAGGCAGGCAGGCUGCUGCCGCGCCGAGCUGCGCGCGCACACUCACACGCUCAGCUCUCAGCGGAGCUCGCGCACACCUCCCCGGAGCUUCUGGAGCCUCUCUAGGCGCGCGAGGAUGGCGCAGGAGCCGCGCGUGCACCGUCGCGCGCUGCACUGAGCGGAGGAGCUCGUGCUUUGGCCGUUUUUGCACUGAAGCGCGACUUUUUCUCGAGGUCUGUGGAUUUUGUGCCGCCGAGGCGCGCGAGCGUUCAGCGCGCGGAGAUGCCGUUCUCGAAGCGCGCGGUGGAGCCGCGGUGUGUGUGGCGGAGUGAGCGCGAGCUCGAGCAGGAGCGCGAGCGGGGCUCGAGCCCAGACCGGGACCUGCGCGCGCUAUGCGGCGCGGCGCUCGCGUGCACUCUGCGGCAGCUGGCGGACGUGGCGAGGCACGCGGGUUCCGUGUUCGAGGAGCUCGAGGAGGAGCUCGCGCGGACCGAGCAGAGGCUGAGGACGCUGCGCGAGACAGCGGGCAGAGUGCAGCGGCACGUGGGCCAACUGGAGGCCAAACAGGAGGCAGUGCCUGUGUCGAAUCUGGACAUUGAGAGUAAGCUGACUGCUCACUAUCAGUCGGUCUUUCACCUGCAGAGGAAUGUGUUUCUCCCGUCCACUCGGCCAGCCUGCGUGGAGGAACUGCACCGAAACGCCAAACAGAGCCUACAAGCUCUGUACAGAGAUCAGCAGCAGAGACAGGAAGUGAGUGACAGAGAGCGGAGGAGGGUGACCAUCUCCAUCUCCGCGGCUCCGCCCAUUCCCGCGCACCCCUCCCCCCAGUCCCUCCGGAACCAGGACCACCUCCACACGGAGAGAACAGAGGGAAGCACAGACACUCACACAGCACACGCACAGGAGGAGGAGGUGAGGGAUGCAGCAGUGCAGGUAGAGCACUCACAGUUUGAGAGCGCCCGGUCCUCCUCUCCUACUGAAUGUUGCCAGUUCUCCCGAUGGAGCAGAAAGGCUGUGGAUGACCCAGACUCAGAGGGCAUGGCUCUAGGACUCCGGUCCAAGUGCCCCAUCCCUAACGUGCCCUCCACGCUGGAUAAACAGACCAACUGGAGUGGAGUUCUACCGCUGCCCACCCCAGAGGACAGGAUGAAGAGCCACUCGCAGGCCAUCGGGUCCUGCGUCGUCCCCAUCAAUGUCACGGAGGAAGUCUCCAUUGCUGCUCCUUCCUCAGCGAUUUCAGCCUUUCUCAGGGUCGGAUUUGACAGAGAUGCCAGUGUGCGCUGCUCGCUAGUCCACUCACAGUCUGUGCUGCAAAGAAGACGGAAGCUGAGGAGACGGAAAACCAUCACAGGCAUUCCCAGACGAGUGCAGCCAGACCUAGACUCUGAUGAGUCCCCGGUAGCUAGAGAACGGACAGUGAUAGUGCAUGCCAGUCCUGACACUUGCCAGGAGGAUCUCAUACUCUCUCGUCUUAACACCAGGGACUCUGGUUGCCAGACAGACGACCUCUUGAUAGUUGCAGCAGCACCGUCACGUAGACGGAUAAGAGCUCAGAGGGGACAGUGUGGAACUGUGUCACUCUCCCAUUCCACAGGGAAUAUCUCCUCUCUCCCGGAAAGCUCUGAAACCAUGUUUGCUGCCUCUAUUGGCUCCCGUUUGCGCUCCCGUAGCCUGCCUCGUGAAGGUGGCCGGUUAGUUGAUGAAGGCCACAAUGGUAGUGAUGAGGAUGAGGAUGAGGAUGAGGAUGAAGAACUUUCCCCAUUUGAAGCAGAAGAUUUCCUUGCAGUACAAGGAGAGCACAUGCUGAAAGAUGAAGGAGAGAGCACUGAUGACCAGGUGCCGCCAGAACGGCAGCUAGGAAGCUUAAAGUUCAAGCAGCUACCUGAGAGCCCAGAACAUGUGUGGAUGGAUAGAGGUCGGUCCCAUCUGCCUCAUAAAGCUGACAUGGAAAGUUGUGAGAUUUCAUCUAGCUCAGACACGUUCAGCAGCCCCAUCCACUCCAAUCCUGGUAUACUGACCAGCCAGAUGGAUCACAAAGAGGACCAUCAGUCUUCCAGUGGCAACUGGAGCGGCAGCAGCUCCACAUGUCCUUCUCAGACGUCAGAGACUAUUCCUCCUGCAGCCUCACCCCCACUUACUGGAUCUUCACACUGUGACUCAGAGCUGUCUCUAAACGCAGCUCCUAAUGCAAAUGAAGACUCUACAGGCUUCAUUAUUGAUCCAUAUUCUGGGGACAGGCUUCAAGGUCUUCGUGGUCACAGAACAGGCUCUUUUACUUCCACUGCAACUGACAUGCUGGAUGACGCUGGAGUCAGCACUGCAAGUGAAGGCGAGUGGAGUUACCCUCAGCAUAGGCACAGCACAUCCUGCCAUCAAGGCUUCAGCCCUGAACACUCCAGGGAAGAGGAGGGUAGUCUAGAAUGCCCCAGUUUUGCUAGCAUAGCCACGAUUGAGAGCCUAGAUAAGCCUCCCUCUGAAAAGGCUGACACCAUGUCGCACUUCUCUGUGGAUGCUGAGGGCUACUAUACCUCCAUGCACUUUGACUGUGGUCUUAAAGGUAGCAAAAGUUUCACUUACAACUAUGCAUCAGUGGACCAGCAAAAGGAAGACUACAGAGGUCACAGUCUUGGGAGACGCAGUCUCUCUCUGCGGAAACCAAAGGUGAAGCCAUCACCACCAAAACGUAGUUCAUCCUUAAAGAAAAUCAGCAGCCACGUUGGCCCAGCUCUGGAAACAAAUGAACCAAAGAUAACUGGUGAGCAACACCUACCAAUGUCUUCCAAGGAGAAAUUGUUGCAGAUGAGAUCAAAUGACCCUUCUGACCAGCUAGAGAGUGAGGAGCCAGUGGAAGCCUGGGGUGUUCAGUGUUCUAGUGAGAUUCCAGAUAUUGCUUACCUUGGCUCCACAGACACACACUCCUUCAAGGAUGAAGGAGCCGUGCAGUCUGACUAUGCAGACCUCUGGCUUCUGAAUGACUUGAAAUCCAACGAUCCAUACCGAUCCUUGUCAAACUCCAGCACUGCUACGGGUACAACAGUCAUUGAAUGCAUAAAGUCACAGGAAAGCUCAGAGUCACAGACUUCCCAGUCUGGCUCGAGGGCCACCACUCCUUCACUGCCACCUGUGGAAAAUGAAUUCAGACUGCCCUCCCCAGAGAAGCUAGUAGGUCUGGCAUCCCCUUCUAGUGGCUACUCAAGCCAGUCAGAGACACCAACAUCUUCUAUGCCAUCUGCUUUCUUUACAAACCCUAACCCCAUCUCCCCCACUGGUGGAAAGAGGAAACCAAAAGUCCCAGAAAGAAAGUCCUCUCUUGCUUCACUGCAACAGCGCUCAUCUAAGAGGGACCUUGAGCUACCCAUUAUACCUCCUACCCAUCUUGACCUAAGUGGCCUUCACAGUGUCAACAAGCCUUCAACCCAUAGGAACCAGAUGCACAUCUUCCACCAGAACAAACAGAAAGUGGCUGCAGCAAAAGCUGAGGCUGGAGCUUCAUUGGCUGCAAAAGUUGAACCUGACAGCACCGGUCAAUUAGUAAUUACCCCUAUGGUGCUUCGUUCAGUGCAGCUACGCUCAGUUGGCAAACCUGGUGAAGAAAACCAUGAUCAGCCUUGUACAGAUGCUUCCACUAGACCCAAGUGCCCAACUGUAACUAUUGUCACAGAACCCACCAAUAGUAAACCCCAUGAAACCAGGAAGCCCCCACCCUACAGACCCCUGACUACCGAAACCUCCUCUAAGGACAACUGUGAAUCACUGCUUACUCUUGCAGAUGGACCAGCUUCUGGGAGUCUGGCGAGCCUCCUUGGUGCUAGAAACAGAUAUGACAGGUUAGCUCCAGUACAUCUUUCAAGCCUGACUGCUUUCAGUGCAACUUCUGAAGAGGGGAACCAAGAUGACAUCACAGCUGACAUAUCAGAGGACAUAGUGGAACAAAAGGUAUCUUGUGACCAAGAGACAAGUACUUCAAAGGAGCUGUCCCCUCAGAACAGUCUAGAAGCAGAGAAGGGUCAACCAGGGAGAUCUGAGGCAACAGAAGAAAACACAGCAGUAUCCCCUUCUGAUCAUCAUGGUAUAGUGAAGACUUCUGAGAGUCUUGACAAAGUGCCUGAUUUUAUGAAUCGAUCAUCACUGGAAUCAUUGCAAAUAAAUCCAGUCAGCGAUGCCAGUAAUCAAGGAAGGGAAUCACUGACAUCAGGUGUUCCAGCCAGAAGUGCCUCACAGGACAACAUGGAGGAAGGACUGACGCCAGACACAGAGGGUUACUUCAGCAAAGAAUCCACACCUAGUGAUCCGACAGUGUCCCCUCAAAUGGAUGAGGACGUUUUUCUUUCUCCUAGUAAAGCCCGCACAACAGAGGACCUCUUUGCCAUGAUUCACAGGUCAAAAAGAAAAGUCCUUGGCAGAAAGGACUCUGGAGAUAUGGCAGGGAGAGGUCGCCUGAGUGCAGCUAGCAGUCCUUUAAACUCUCCCAGCACCCCUGUCACUCCAGCCACUCCAACGAGCUCCCAGCGGGCCCCAGGACCAAUUUACAGGAGUGUCAAGAAGUCCAGUACCUCCAAUGAGGAAUUCAAACAGCUGUUGCUGAAAAAGGGAAGUCGCUCAGAUUCCAGCUACCGCAUGUCUGCCACGGAGAUUCUAAAAAGUCCCAUUGCUUCCAAAAGUUUCAGCGACUCUCUUGCAGAAGGUUCCAAACAACCCGACGAGUUCCCUUCACCCUUGCAGCUGCAAUCCCCUGAGGGAACCCCUGAGCAAUUCCCAAGCCCCUUCCCAAAAGUCAGCGUGGAGGGCUUCACCACAAAAGUUUUUCCCACUGGUUCUUCCAGACCAGGCCGCUCAAGGAUCCCGCCAGCUUCAAACAGCAGUCGGUACAGCACACGUAGUCGACUGUACACGGCACCCAUGCAAGCGAUUUCUGAGGGAGAAACAGAAAACUCAGACGGGAGUCCACACGAUGACCGUUCCUCUUAAAAGCAAAACAAAAAAAAGCACCUUCUACUAUCAGCCACUAAACAAGAACACCAGUCUUUUUGAACUUUUUAUGAAGCCAGUAACAUAUUUUUGAUUCUCUUUUUAAAGCAGAAAUGAUAGACAACUUGUGCCGAGUUUAUACCCUUUUGUAGCUCUGAGGAACAAAUAAGAAAAAAACAGAUAUGUGCAGAGAGAUUGUUUCAUUUUUAAUGUAACACUUCCAUCAUAUUUGUCACUCAAUUUUUUAUGUGUGACCGGGACUUUGCUUAUGUUUCUGGAACAUACGUGUGUUAAAUGACAUUACAAAUUUCACCAAGUAUGAAUAAUCAUACAGUCAUAAGCAUAUGCAGUACAUCACUAGCUAUAUAAGAGCACAGCAGUCUAUAUUGUUGAGUUGCUCAGUGACCGAAAAUUGAGCAUAAAAUUGUGUGUGCAUACAAUGUUAUGUAGCUACGUACAUAAAUGUAAACAUGCCCAAGACAGAAAAACAUAGGACAAUCAAAAAGUGGCCUUUUUCGAUGUUUGUUGUAGCAACAGUGGGUCAGCUUCCUCAACAAAUAUUUAAAAAAAUAAUAUCUCUGGUGCUGGAGCCUAUCCCAGCAGUCUUACCACGACCCUAGCUGGAUUAAUCAGUUUAAGAUGAUGACGAUGACCAGUCCAGUGUUAGAUAGAAUUCACAGUCAUUUGACUGGAAGUUUUGCUACGUAGUUUUAUCCUAUUACUAUUUUGCACUUCUCUCAAUUUAUAACCGGAAUUAUUAAAUCGAGUUUUAUAGUAAAAUACUGUUAAAAAAAGAAAACAUUUUAUGCAAAUUUAAAGCAGAAAAUAAAUUAAUGAAUCAAAAUAGGCUUCAUUUAUCAAGCAUAUCAGCUGAAUCAGCUCAGAUCAGUGAGCAAAGAAUGAUUUUACAGAUUUUUCUGAACUUUUCAGAAUUUAUCCUAUUGAAUAAAGACAGCUGUGAAGUUUAUUAUUUAAAGAUCAAUUCUGUGUAAUGCAAAUAACCUAAAAUAUGCAACAGUAGUGAAAUAAUAAUGUGGUUGUCCUUCUUAGAUGCAGCUGAACUCUGUUUAAUUUAACUGCAAAUUCAAGAAGACCUUUUCACUUCACAGUGGCCCUUGGUCAAAUGUUCUGUUGAAAAUAUAGUGUGAACAUUAGUUGAGACAUCCUCUACAGGGAGCACACUUGGCAUUUUAAUAAUAAUAAAAAUAAAACAUAAAAAUAUAAAAUUAUGUUUGCGCACAUUUUAUAUUUAACUUUUCCCCCAGUAUCUUACAUUCAGUAAGUAAACAGUGAUUGUGCAUUAAAAUGUGCAGAAGUGUGUUCUCUGUAAAGGGUUGUGCCCUGUGCCCAUCCCCCGGGCCCCGAUGACAGCCACGAGAGCCGGCAGGAAGGCAGGGCCCGAAUCCCAACCUCUGCCUCAGCCUCCAGAGACGGGAUGACAACGAUAACGGCCACGAGAGGCACGAAGGGGCCGGAUGCGGGUCCCGACCUCUGCCACCCCUUGCUCACUUGUGGUUCUUCUCUCCCAGCCAUCCUUGUGGGACUUUGUCCUCACUCGGGUUCAGGUCUCGUCUUCCUGCUGGCUUCCUGCUGGUCAUCAUCGAGGCCCUGGGGACGGGUGCAUGCCGCAAGGAUGUAUUCACUUGGAAAAUCAACAACAUGUAAUUUGGCCAGGGUUGCCCACUAUGCCCACUAAGAUUUAGUCACAAAACUGUUUAAACGCUACACCACAAGGCGACUUUUCAAAACAAUAUCUAUGUUUUUUGAUGAAUUCCUUCUAAAGGAGUGUGCCAGUUCUUUCUGAUUGCUCGAAUAAGCUCAAGUUUAGUAGUGAAACUAAAUAACCUGUGAAGUGCAUCGAUAUGAACGAUUUGGGAUAAAUCGAGCAGCGCUUUGGUCACUGGAGUACUGAUUCUUCACACGCUGAAUUAAUAAUUAAUGUACAUUUGUAGGUGACCUCACGUCAGGACUGGCACUGCGUGAACUAGGACAGGAAGACGAUUUGAAUCUAAUCUAAUUGCAUACACGCCCGUGUUUUAGACCAGCGUGUCUUGAUGUGAUGAUGUUUUGGUCCUUUUUUCCCUGUUUCCCCCUAGUGGCCAUUGAAUGAACUGCAUGCAAUAAAUAUCCAGACACAGUGGUGACAGGUUACUAUAAAA